AUGAGUUCUGACCAAUGCAAAAUCUACAGCCUUAGAGAUUUUUUGAUUCAUCUGCCGAAACUGGUUCCUCACGAAUACGACGAUGUUGUCAGGUAUAUCGUUUGGAAAGUGCUGAGGCUUUCUUUGGAAGCAGACCAAGACCGGGGGCAAGCGCAGGAUGGCAGGAACAAUCCGCAGAUUGACUGGGAUUCGAUCGUAAGCGUUUUCACAUCUGAAAAUUGGGGCAGGGGAGUGUAUAAAGACAUCCUGAGGGACGUGUCGUGGAAAGAAAAAGUGCAGCCGCCAUUAUCGGAAACGUGCGGCGACCACCGUGUUCCAGCCGGUUGCAUGUGUGGCAGGCUCUGUUACCCCCUGGAAACGGUGUAUUACUGCUUCACUUGUACGAUGAAUCCCUUGUAUGAGAUUUGCGAGUACUGCUUCGAUAGGGCGGAACAUUUAGGUCACGUAUAUACCGCCAAACUGGUUGUUCGACCGGAGGGUAGGGUCUGUCACUGGGGCGACACUUCUAUCUUCAAAGGGACGGGACAGUCGGGGAGUUGCGAAGCGGACGCUGUCGGCACUUCUGCUUCUGCCACUCCUGCUCCUGUUGUCACGAACAGUAAUACCAAGACCUGCAUGUCGAAUACGUUCAAUACAAUUCUCGAUUAUCUGAUAGAUGUCACAAUUUAUUUCAAGGAUCGAAAUGAAGCACCUCUUUCCGUGGUGAACUUUAAAAAACCGGUGCGGAAGCCCGAUGAUAAUAUUCUCUUUAAAAUUGCACUAGAGGACUCAGGUGGGAGUGUCCCUGAGGAAACCGAUUUGGAAAAUGGAAUCGGAAAUAAUCGCAAGUGGGCUGUACAGAUCGAUGAAGAAGACUGCAAUAUUCAUUGCAAGGAUUUGGCUUCAAAGAUAGCAAGAAUAUUUAACAAGCCAGCAGAAUUUGCGAUAAGCUUAACAAAAAUGCUUGAGGAUGGUCAUCCAUCUGUAAUUCUUGCAAAAUCACCUGAUAUUUCCAAGAUUCAAAAGAUUUCAACUAUUUUGCAACAAGAAGGCAUACAUAGUCAUGUUCGAAAUAUGGAGGAUGUUUUCAAAAGAGAAUUAAUUAACGAUGUUGUUGAAUGGCUGUAUAUUGUCUCUACUGAGGAAACAGUUGACUUAAGAAGAAGAAAGGCUUUGCGAUUAUCGAUGUUAGAUGCUUGGCAAUCAGGUCUGCGAUCGGCAAAAUUUACUCCAAAUUUUUUGAGCCCAUAUGUUGCGAAAUUAAAUCUAUUAGGCGGAUUUUUGGUCUCUUAUGAACAACAUGAUACUUUUCCAUGGUUCAAACCUUGGAAUUUUACAAAUAUCAAUGAUCCAAAAAUCACUGAUGUAAUGUCAAAUUAUGACAAGCGAUUGGCAGAUACGAAUGUUAUGAAUACCAUCUCUAGGUUUCACCCGUUGCAUGGAUCAAGAUUUCAAUAUAUUUUAGCAGAGUCGACGCAAUUUCUUUCGAGAUUUUCAAGAUAUAGAAUGUUGAAAGUUCUUUCUUCACUUUUUACAAUUACAGAUGAUGCAAAAAACUGCCUUGCAGCUCAAUACUUUGAUAUCUAUCUCUCUGUUCUUUAUAGCACGGUUGCAUCAGAUAGUACAGGUUUUAAAGUUUCAUUAAUGAGUAUCUUUUCUCAAUAUACUUUUCAACAUCCCGACACUGCAAAUCUGGCUAUACGAAAUUGCUUUGUCCAAAGGGCUUUGAAAUUUGCAUUCACGUUAAUGGCUUUUACUUCAGAUGAUCUAUUAGCAUAUUUACCAAUACCCCUAUCUCAUGACUGUAAAUUGCCCAAUGAAACAAUACGAAAUCGUAGAACAAUAAUGUGCUUCAAAGAUAUUUGCAUUUUGAUGUCCACCAAUACAAUACCUUUAGAAUUACUUCAAAAUAAUGAUAUUUUGUCAUUAAUAGUUGAGUCAUUCGGUGCAUUCAAUAAUAUUUUACGUUUGAAACGUGAAACUGCGGAGCACGUUGAAUUCGAAAGUUUCGAUUUCUCAUCUUAUUAUUUCUACUUUUCCUCAGUACUGGUCAUGGUCGAUGGUUUUAUCAGAAGCAUCUCGAUAAUUGAUGACAAAGAAACUCGUAAAGACAUUGUAGUCAAAUUAAUAAAAAUGACCAUGAAAAAAGAGCUGCAACUGUUAGCACAAUUCAGAAAGUCCGUAUCAUCAACUUUUUUAUGGUCAAGCUUUGCAUCAAAUGAAGAUAAGCCCGCUUUACUUCCAAUUAUCAAAGAAAAAAUCUGCGGUCAUGUCGCAAAUAUAAUAAAUUUUCAAGUUGGCGUCGAUACACAGAAUUUUUUCAAUCCAAUGUCAUAUUUGUUCAAGUUUGUUCUCCAAUGGAGUCAAUGUGGAAGAUACGCUCCUGCGCCGCAUGAUAUGGUGAAUUAUCUGGAUUUUAAUGAGAUUUUCCAAGAUAAACAAGACUCCCUAUUCGUGUGCGAAUCAGCCUUAUCAACUUUAGUUCUUCUGGGGCAAAUUAAUGUUGGAUUUUGGGUCAGAAAUGGAUCUCCAAUCACUCAUCAAGCAAGAAUGUAUACAAAAUACAGUAUGAGAGAAUUUACAUAUAUGAGUGAUCUUUUUAAUGUUCAAUUUAGCAUGUCACAUGCGGAUCCUGACGAAUUCAUGGUAACAUAUAUUGCUCGAUGGGGUUUGAAACAUUGGUCAAACGGAGUUCCGGUGGGAGAUUAUCCACAACGUGAAACUACGGUGUCAAUUGUUUAUGAAUGCAUACUACUUCUUGUUCAACUUCUGACGGAAAUAAAAUCGCUAACUCUUGUAUCUAGCGUUGAUGGGUUUGAAAAAACGUUGAAGGCAGAAAUUGUCCAUGCUCUGUGCUUUAGAAGUUGCACUUACUCACAAAUCAUGGAAUGCAUACCAGAACAUAUCACUAAACAUGCUGCAUUUGAUCUUUAUUUGGAAAAAUUCACAAAUUUUACCCCUCCAUCUGGAUUGACUGAUCACGGACAGUACUCUUUGAAAAAGCAGUACAUUGCAGAUAUCGAACCGUACUAUGUUGCAUUAUCCUCGAGCAAAAGAUACGAAGUUGAGAAGAAAAUUAGAGUUUCAAUGGCAUCUAAAAAGCACAUAAACUACGAUGAUACCUUUGUUCCGGCUAAAGACGUUAUAGGUCUUCUGAAGCAAACACCUUACUCCAGGUUGUAUGCUAUCUCCUCGGUGGAUACAUUUGGAUUGUUUUUGAAAAGCACUCUAGAGUUAAUUAACAAGUUCAAUCAUGAUAGCCUUUUGCCAGUAGUAGUACACUUAAUUCACCAAUGUGUUGUCAAUAAUCUUAAUGAUUUUAUGAAAAUAUUUUGGCAUGAAUUUGCAUCUGUGGAUACUGAAUUCUACUACUACAAUAGCAUUGGUUCAAUUCUGUAUGGACUACUUCUGAAAGAGUGUUUUACUCAAGUGCAUGGUAAAAUUAGAGAAGUGUUUAGGUAUUUGGCAAAGACUGCGGCACACGUAGAUAUCAAAAGUUAUCUUCAGGAACAAACUGAAUCUUUCAAUGAGACAAUUCUGUGGUCUUCUAGCGAAAUGAAGGCAACCAAGGAUGGUAAAUUUGAAAAAAAGAAGAGACUUGCAAGAUCGAGAAAAGAAAAGAUGCUACGAGAAUUGGCUAAGCAACAGCUACAGUUUAUCGAGAAUAAUAGUCUUGCAAUUGAAAAGGAGUACAUGAGAGAAUCAUCUCCUGAGUCCUUGGAGACGUCAAAGACGUUGGGUUGGGAGUUUCCGGGAGAAACAUGCGUUUUUUGUAAAAUGACACAUGAAGAGGAUGCUUUCAUCUUCUUUUCCUAUCAAGAAAACAAUAUAUGCGAUCAUGGAAUAAACUUUGAUAACAAGUUGAGUCACAUAAAACUGUUUAGCCAGGCAGCAGAGAACUCCAAUCUGUGUGAUGAAGAAAUGGAAAGAAUGAAAUUUUCAUGUGUCGAAUCUCGUGUAGACUCCACUCGGGAGGGGGCCGUUUUAAGAACAUGUGGCCACGGUGCUCAUAUAUCAUGUUUAGGAAAUCAUAUGAAAACAAUAAGGGCAGCUCACAACCAAACAACAAAAAAUGUUCCCGUAGCAUAUGGGUUUGGACUCAUGUAUUGCCCCUUAUGCAAUGGUUUGUGUAACUCAUUUUUACCACAGUUGACUAAAGGAAUUUCCAGAUCAGCCAGUGAUUUUUUUAAGGCCGAAGCCAGUUGCAUCUCAGAGGACACUCGGUCUCUACUGCUUUCGGCAAGCAUAAAAGCAGCUCGAAUAUUUCAGGAUCUGGUUAAGGAAAAAUCCGAAAAGAAUAAAGAUCAUUUUAAUGCAUUGGAUACAUUGUUCGUGAAUACGAUUAGCAAUACAGAGUUGGCGACGAGGACAGGAUCGGGCUCUUUUGCGGAAGUAAUCUCGAGCCCUAGAUUAUUGACUCUUCGACUAUUGAAUGAGUUAAUUUUGUUUUUGCACCAUCAUAUUCGUCAAGAUAAUAUGUCAAUGAGAUUUGAAUAUUCCUGGCAGCAAUUUUUGCUCAGGAGAAUUGACACAGAUUUUUUAUUGGUUGCAAACCAAGCAAUUAAAUCUGUCAAUCAAUGCGAAUCUGGAUCUUCCAACUGUGUAGCUGGUCUAUCAAAUUUGAGCAAGGUUAAGAAUGCAGUGAAAGGAAGAAUCAUACAGGAUAUGUUAAUUUUAGCGAAAGAAAUGCUUCAAGUUGAAUUUUAUAAUGAUUGCCCUGAAGUCUGGAAAAUGGUAAAACAACCAAUAAGCGAUUUUCCCUAUGAUACCACAAGAUUAGAGGUUGAAGUUGAUCUAAUAGUGAAAAUGUUUACUAGAGUAGUGAGCUUUUUCAGCCCAGAAGUAGAAUCAUACAUGAAUGGUAUAUGCCAUCUGCGCUUUCAAAUUCACGGCUUAUUGACAAACUCUCUAGGAAUAUUCUUAAGAAGGUUUUCCAUAAUGUUCUAUGCCCAAUAUGCCGUUGGAACGGAACUUGAACCUUUCAUUAAAUCCCCCAGCUCUAUUGAUAUUUUGCUGUUGUAUCUAAAAUUACCCAGAUUGUCAGAGAUACUGCAAGAAUUUGACGUGGAACAAUCUCUUAAGGCUUUUGAGGCCACAAUGGGAUUCCCUGCGGUUCCGCCUAUGAGUAGAAUUUGUCCCAGACUGAAAGCAAUGAAAUUUAGCUCUCCUCUGCCUGUUCAGCUGGUCAAGUUACCGCACUCUUUAUCGCACUUCUUUCUCUCCGAAAAAGAUAAUCUCAUGCACAAAGUAUUGAAAGAUGAUAUUGCCUUCUGUUUGUUUUGCGGUAAACAAUGUAAUUUGCGAAAGUCCGUUUCCCUACACGGUUAUGCUCUAGGAGUGUGCACGAAUCAUGUGAGGAACGAAUGCAGCAUAUCUUCAACUUACGGUAUGUUCUUGAUGAUUCGAAGCAAUUCGAUUUAUUUGUCAUAUGGCGAAAGAGGAACAUUUUACUCUGCUCCCUAUCUAGAUAAGCACGGAGAGCCAGAUGUAGACUUCAAGUAUAAUACACCAGUAUUCCUGGAUGAAAAACGGUAUGAACAUUUGUGCAACGGAGUCAUGUUGGAUAACAUGAUUCCCCACAUUGUCCUCAGAUUGACCGAUGGAAAUUCCGAUCUGGGUGGAUGGGAAACAAUGUGA